UAGGACGCAGCAGCGGAAAAGCAACAGCAAAGUGGCAGCAGUAGAAACAGCGGUCGCCAGAGAAACACAGCCUCAAAGAAAUCAAAAUACCAAAUAGGAUAUAGGAUAAAGAGCAGUGUUUGAACAUACCAAACGUAAUAAAAACAAAAAAUAAGCAUACUGUCUUGGUGCAAAUCAAAGACACUCGCAGUUAAAAACGAGUGGGGUGAAUUUUCCAAAAAUUAAAAACAAAAGAGUAUUUGCUUUAAAAAACAAGAGGCGCGAGUGUGCCGGAGUUUAGGGCUCUGCAAGGACCCUUGGAUUACCUUGCGGGGCGAAUUAAGAUUAAGGAUUUGGAAUCGAAGGAGCACCGCGCAGAUCGAAGGAGCAGCAGCUGCACUCCGCAAGGAUACAAGCCAUUAAAACGUGAACAAAUAAUAAUAAUAAUAAAAGCAGGAACAUAACUAUAAGGACAUAGAGGGAAAUGGCUGCAACAGCAGCAGCAGCAAUAGCAGUGGCAGUUGCAACUGCAACAGUGCGGCACAAAUGAAUGCAACCUGCAACAUCUGCGGCGCAAGCUGCUCCACAUUCCAAUGAUUCUGAUGAUUCUGAUGAUGAUGAUGCUGCGGCAGAUGAUGCUGCAGACGAAGAUGCUGCCGAUGCAGAGUGCCAACCACAAAGGAUUCAACUAAGUGCCAAAGGCCACAACACAGGGGACCUAUCCACGAGGAGCGAAUUGCACAAGGACAUACAGUAGCCAGGACUCUACGCUCUCUUCUCUCUCCUCUGCAGAAUCAAAACUCUAUAUAUAUUACCCAAGAAAUCCUCCAGAUUAUCUCUUACUAAGCUCGAAAGAGGCGUGGCCAAAAUGAACGCCUUUUGGCUGCUCUUCCUGCUGGCCAAUGGCGGCUGGGCAGCUCCCGCCGCCGCUGGGGGAAGUCAUCACCAGCAUCACCACCUGGAGAUUGGUGUGCAGGGUGAUACACCCACCCUGGUGGAUGCUCCACUGGUUACUAAGAGAUUAACCACCGAAGCAGCUUCGCCAGGAUUAGGAAGCACCUCACCGAGGCCCACCACCAGUAGCAGUAGCUCUCUGGAGAGCACUACUGAGAGUAGCAGCACAGAAAGGAUAAAGGAUAUCACAGAGGACAAAAGUGAACUGAUCAAGACUCUAGAGGUCAGUACUCCUGUGAGCAGUUUCUCUGCAAAGAGCAGCAUGGAAACAAACCCCACAGAGGAGGCCUUCCCCGAGGGAAGCACCACUGAAGGAAGUAGCACCUCAACCAUGAGCAACUCCUUCAGAAGCUCCACUGAAAAACCACCGGAAACCACGAGCAAUGCCACCACUCAGAGGGCGAUUCCAGGAACCCAGACAGACCAUCCAGCUAGACAGCUUCCAGCGAUGCAGCUGCUCGAUCUGGAGCACACGGCAGCUCCUCCUCCGUCUCUGGACAGUGGACACGAUGGCCUGAAGCUCACCCGCAAGAAACAGCUGCAGCAGCAGCAUUUCCCCCCUACCAUGACGCCCAGGAACCUAGAGACGGAAAUGGAGAGAAUACCCACCACUAGCACCACUAGCACCACCACCACCACUUCUACCAAGUCACCGCACAGCCACCACAGCGGCUAUCUGGGACCCAUUUUCAUGGGGGAGAAGACCUUCAGUGUGGUGCAUCCGCUGAAGAAGCCACAGCCGGCAAGCAGGAGCCAUCAGCAUGUGGCCUCCAUUGAGAGCCAGCUGAGGAACGGACAGCUGGUGGAGAUUCUGGCACCGACGGCUCUGCUAGAGCAGCAGGUAACCCUCGACACAAGCACGAGCACAGCUCCUCCGGCAGUGGAAAAGGUUCAGGGACAGGGACCAGGAUUAGGUGAAGCCAGUUCAGUGUCCACCACAGUGUUCCAGGUGCCAGAGCUACAGACCAGCACCACUCGCCUGCCCCUCAGCGGCGAGCGAACCGAGUCCAAGAUCUCCGACAUUCAGAUCGAGGUCUACGACUCCACGGUGGAUUCGAUUGUGGCCUCGACAAAUUUCCGCGACAGCGAGGGCUUCUACCCGCCGCCAGUGCCGCCCCUGGAGGUGGUCACCUCCCGACCAGAGGCGGUGCAACCACGACAGGAGCUGCCCCAGGAGAGGUUCACCCAGUAUGUGAUUGAUCGAGCGGAUGUGUCCACUCAGCCGGCUUCUGGAGGCGGCGGAAGUGGAGGCUUGUCUUCCCCUCUCGGCCAGCCGGAGCCGGCGGCCAUUGAGAUCCACAUCAAUGUGUCCGAGGCCUUUGGCAGUGAGAGUGAGGAUCUAGAGUUCUCCUACAGGCAGCCCGAGAAGCCCAGCAAGCUGAGCGAUGAGAUUCUGGUGGUGGAGAUCAUUGACAGCGGGGCGGAUAACAGCAGUCAGGAAUCAGGAGGAGGAUCAUCAGCACCAUCCUCCUCUUCAUCUGGUUCCUCCGAUCCAAUUUUCACCUUCCGCAACUCGGAUGCGGUGGCUGGUGUCCCGCCAGCGGUGCGUCCGCCGCAGCAGUCCUCCGUCCAGGACGCGGACGAGCUGUUCAUGGCCGAUCUAAAGGAUCUCAAGGAGGGUGGUGCUGGAUCGGUGCCGCGGCCACCGCCACCUCCUCCGCCGCCGCCGCUGCCCAGGAAACCGAGCAUCGACCGCGACUCGGACACAAUUUUCUACAUCUCCAACACGGAGGUGAAAGUGGGUGAGAGCCUGCCCACCUUGGGUCCCAACACUGGCGGAGGCGGAGGUGGCGACCAGCAGCGCAAGUUCCAGCUGGAGAACCAGUUCUUCCCCGCCAGCUACGUGAUGGAUCAGUCACAGCGAUCCUCUUCGGCGGCAGCUUCGGCACAGGAGGAGGACAUUAUCCUGUCGCCGCACCACAGCUCCGAUUCCCUAAAGAUCUAUCGCUCGGAUGAUGGUGCUCCACCGCUGGACGUCACCUAUGUGGGCGAAUCGGUCAUUGAGGUGGAGCAACAGCCGGCUCUGGGCUGGAGCGGCAGCUCUUCGACAUCGUCGCCUCUUCAGCAGCAGCAGCAGCAGCAGCAGCAGCAGGAUAUAGUUAUCCAGCCGGCAGUGCUUCCAGAUCUGGCCAUUGGGGUGCCCGUAAUUGGUGAGCUGCCGCCACAGAUCGAGCUCAAGGAGAUCGACUACAUGCCCGGCGAACUGGGCAUGGGUGUCUACGAGAAUGACCUCCAAGGCAAUAGCAUCGACAGCGAACCGGAUGUGAUCGAGAGCUCCAUUCAGUACGGCGGGGAUUUGAUUGAUGACGGUGCUGGCGGAGGCUUUGAUGGCGUCGAGGGUUCAUAUCCCUUCGACAGUCCUGCCCACCGACAGCAUCAGCAGCAGCAGCAGCAGGUGGGAUCUGGCUCUGGAUUGAGUCAUCUGCCCAGCCGCCACUCGGCCAGUCAUCUGCAUCGGGAGCAGUUGCCGGUGGCCGAAAUGGUGAAUGCCACGCUCCUCCAGAGAUUAGAUUCCGGUUCAGGAUCGGGUUCUGGUUCUGGUUCGGGUUCGGGUUCUGCCUCGGCCAUGGCCCCGCUGCUGGCUAGUGGCAGAUCCUCGAAUGCCACAGCUCUGUCGGAGGAUCCACUGGCUGACUAUGAUGGUUUCUUUAAUCUAUUUGCCGUAUCCAUGGGUCUGAUUAUAGUCAUCCUGCCCUCGGCUCUAUUGGUGUCCAUGUACUGCGCCAUCAAGUAUGUCCUGAACAAGAACUCGAUGGCAGGCGCGGGUGGCGCCCCAGGCGACGACAGCGAGCAGGGCCAGGACUCUGGCAAGCAUGAGGACAUCUCGCGCAACGCCCGGGAGACCAAGAUGCACACGGACAAGGACGGCGUUUUUGUCGUGGAGGUGGCCCGCGGCAUCGACUCCAGUUCCACGCAGCCUGCGGAUUCAACUGCCGCUGGACUGGAUGCCACCGAGUUGCCCUUCGACACCAAAAUGACCGGCAAUGGGGUCCAUCUCCUGGACGAGCACUCGUUGCCGCCGAGCCACGAACAGGUGCAGAUCCAUGCUCCGCCGCAGGACUUUGCCGGCGGCCAUGCCGCUGCACCGUUGCACCUCAUCGAGGAGGCCGAGGAGCAGACCCUCGAGGAGCAGGCACCUCCUGUAGCUGAGAUCCGUGCCUGCACCGGCCUCUCGCAGUCGGACCUCAGCUCCACCUCGUCGGGUGAUUCCAACAAGCGUUACUCCUACGGCAACCAGGAGCUCUAUGUCAUCGAGCAGCCUGGCUAUGCCACCACUUCGCCAACGGCUCAGCCUAUCCUGGCCAGCCCAAGGCCCGAGCAGGAGCAGGAGCAAGAACAGGAGCUGGAGCAGGAGCCCGAGCAAAAAGAGAAUCCGCCACAGAAGGAGGCCCCCUUGGAGCCAGCAGAAAGUAGCUUGGAGAUUCCUCCAGAAAAGGCCUCAUCAGAACUGCCGGAAAAGCCACUUGACCUUCCGGAAAAUGCAGACACACAGCCGGAGGUCAAAGAUGAGCCCACUAAGGAGACUCGGGAGGAACCAGAGCCAGAGGCAGAGUCAGAAUCAACACCAGAUGUCGUCUAUACAGAGCCCGAAGGCAACUAUGACAGCCUGAUGAGCCUGCCGGCGCCACCAUCCACGGACGAGAUCAACUCAGAGCUCGGCGACUACUCGCUGCUGGAGUCCAAUCAGUUGGACAGCCUGCCUCCGCCACCGCCGCCACCUGCACAGGAGCACCAUCUCGGCACCAAGUCAGCAGUGGAGGAGGAGAAGGCCAUUCUGAGCAAUGGGAGUGCCAACGGACUGGGCAAAGUGGAGGCCGAGGAGCCGGCCACCUUGACUCCACCAGCAUCGCCUCCAGCUUCGCCUCCGCCGCCGCAGAGCGGGAUCUAUGGCAAUGGGAAUGGGCUGAGCAACGGGAUGCAUUCCAUGGUCGAUGUGAAUGGCAGUUAAGAAUGGCGGCCAGUGAAAGGUGAGCGAGAAGUGGUCCUUUUUUCUCAAUCCGUAUCAAUAGGACUCAAAGGGGUCACUGAUACAUACCACUGAUACCACAAGACGAACGAAGAGAAAAAUAUUAUAAACAUACACAACACUGAGCAGAAACUUUUUCCACUUACUGUUUGUUGAUUUUCCAAAUAUAUCGAGAUACAAGUAAUAUAAUAAUAAUUACAAUUAAAGAGCGAUUAAUGCGAUUAAUAAUAUAUUUAAUUGUUUACUGUCUAUUGCGGCUGGCAGCCUCUCCCCACCUGCAUCAACCAUCUAAUAACGAGUACUUCAAUGUCUAUAACAACCAUUAAAACUAACGAGUAACGAGUAAUAGUAACAGUAAAGAGUAACACAAGUAACCGAGGCAAGUAACGAGUAACGAGUUAAAGUAAAGAGUAACGAGAAAUAGUAACAGUAAUACGAUUAAAUCCAACAGACAGUUAUAUGUAAUAAUGCAUAAUUAAUUAGGAUAAUUAUUUACACACAACAAAGCCAAAAAAAGAAAAGAAAACAUGCAGAAGGAGAAUAAUUGUAACGAAAAUCUAUGGACAUUGAAUAACAUCCAAGAGUGUGUCCUUUGUCCUUUGUCCGGACAUUCCGAGGGAGGGUUAAUUGGCACAGAAUAAGUGGGUUUCAAAGGUUAAAUCGAAUAUGGCCAAUUUCCAGUUGUUCAGUUCGUAAAAAGUAUAUUUUCAGUGAGAAAUUUUCGAUUUUUUUUUUGGAAGAACAAAACUUUUCCCUGGACAAGAAAUAAACCCUGAUUUGGAUCAAGCACACUCAUAUAAUAAUAAAUAAUAGUCGUUAAUGGCGACUAUCGAUAUUUCGCAAAUAUUACAAACACAUUCACAACAUGACAAAAUCAAAUGUGCCGAACUUUUGUAGCAAGCCAAAAAGAAACACAAUUUACAAGAUGAAACGAACAAUUUAUACAAUGCCAAUAUGGUGAUUACAGCAGAACAUAUAACAUAUAUAUACAUAUAUGUAUAUGUAACCUUUUAAACCGUAAAACUCAAAGAAAUAGUAAUAGUUCUAGUCAAUAUAUAUAUAUUAUACAUAUAUUUUUCUUGUGUGUGGGGACACGAGCUCCCAGGCUAACGAUAGACCUAAGCGAUUGGUAAAAUAUGUUAAAAAAUGCUAAAAACAAACAACAGAAAAUAUUUCCGUAUACUUGACCCACACAUUAAAUACAUAUAUACAUCUAUAUAUAUACCCCUAUAUAUAUAUAGGUAUAUAUAGUAUACAUACACCAAUUGAUAAAGCAUAGAACAAACUUAACUCUCUUAGAAUUAAAAAAAACAACAACAAAAAAUACAAAAAUAGUCAGAAAAAACCGUGCACUGCAAGUAGCGCGUAUUUGUAAGUAGUAGGAAUUAUCCAGCGCCCCCGAUUACUUCGAUUACUCCGAUAACUCCGAUAUACGGGCGGCACGCGUACGUUUAUAGGUGGAUUAUAAUCCCUGACUAACGAUUAACCACUGUUUUGUUGUUUUCGUUCACGUUUGUUCCAAUUGUUUAUUGACAAUUUUAGCCCCGCGAACACACGAGAUAUAGAGAGAGAGGGGAUGCCAAUGGGAAAUAAUAUUAUGAAUAUUAAUAACUAUAAAGAAAUAAUGAAUAAACAACUCUUAUACUACUCGUAAUCAAAUAUAAAGGUUAGGAAAGGUGUGCAGAACUUUUUUUUUUGGGUCGAACGAAAACAAAAAGAAAAUAAGUAAAUGUGAUUGUUAUUUAACCUUAAGUUAUUAUUAAACGAAAAUGAGAAAAACUUAACUUAAACUGAAUAUGUGUGUGUGAGUGCGUUUACUGGAAAAGAAACAAAAUAGAAAAUGA